GUUCACCAACCCUAAACUGCAACAUUGGCAGCCAUGGUAAAGCUUCCAAAAAGUAACACAUCCAUGUCUCUCCAUAAGAUUCCCUUCAUCUUUAUCCUUGUUACGUUCCUCAGUUUUUCAACUAGUGGGGCACAGGAUAGCCCUGUUUAUAUAUACCAAAGUUGCACUACUAACGGAACAACCACCGAUAGCGCCUUUCAAUUCGAGCUCAGGACACUCCUCUCUUCCUUGUCAUCUAACGCCAAGGGUGACACCCAAUUCUAUAAUAACACGGUGACGGUCAAUAACUCAUCUGAAUCAGUCUAUGCACUGUUCUUGUGCAGGGGUGACGUCCCCUCUCAGCUUUGUCAACAAUGCAUCGUGAAUGCAAACGAGCGACUAUCCUCGGAUUGCUCCUUGUCCAAAAAAGCUGUGAUUUGGUACGAUGAGUGCAUGGUUCGGUUUUCCAACCGCUCUUUUUUCUCCACCGUGGACACUAGGCCUAGAGUUGGCCUGUUGAACACCGCCAAUGUCUCCAGCCAGGAAAGUUUCAUGCGUUUAUUGUUUUCCACGAUGAAUGAAACUGCAGAUGAAGCAGCCAAUCAUCCUAUAGGUAAGAAGUAUGCCACAAAGAAAGCAUCAAUCACUGAAUUUCAAUCUCUUUACUGUCUAGCUCAGUGCACCCCGGACCUGUCACCUCACGAUUGCAUAACCUGUCUCAGUGGAGUUAUAGGAGACCUUCCAUGGUGCUGUGAAGGAAAGCAGGGAGGGAGAGUUUUAUAUCCAAGCUGUAAUAUUAGGUAUGAAUUGUACCCUUUUUAUCUCACUUCAACAACUGAUGCUCCAGCGUUCAUUCCUGCAACAAAUACUUUCGAAGCAGAUUCAAGAUUCACAGAACAUCCUAUUUAUCUUUCCCACAAUUGCUCGAGUAACAAAACUACCGACAACGAUUUCCAAGCAGACCUCAGGAUCCUUCUCCGUUACUUAUCUUCCAACGCCACCGGUGGCAAGGAGUUUUUCCAUAAGACUACUGUGGCGGCCGAGACUGUGUAUGGCCUCUUCAUGUGCCGAGGUGACAUGCCCUUUAGCCUAUGUGGACAUUGCGUAUUAAACGCUUCGAAUCGAAUAUUCUCAGAGUGCCAUUUGUUCCAAGAAGCUAUAAUUUGGUACAGCCAAUGCUUGCUUCGCUAUUCAUCUCGCAAUUUCUUCUCCCAAAUAGAUAAAAGUCCUCAAUUUUCUCAAUUGAAUAUCACCAGUGCCUUCAGUCCCAUACCAGAGCAAGACUAUUUCACUUCAAUAUUAUCAAAUAUGUUAGCUACACUGGCUAACGAGACGGGGGACAGUGUUCAGAGAUUCCUGACAAAAUCAGUAAAAUUGAAUGGCUUACAAACGCUUUAUAGUCUUGCUCAAUGUACACCGGAUUUGUCAAGUGCUGAUUGCGGAGGGUGUCUGGGAGAUGUGAUUGGAACAUCAAUUCCAUGGUCUCGUUUGGGAAGCGUAGGCGGAAGAGUUCUGUAUCCUAGCUGCAAUCUCAGGUUUGAAUUGCUCCAAUUUUACAUGGGCGGUGACCAAGCUCAGCCACCCACGCCAGGUAGUAGUUCUUCUCAGUCAAGACGCACAGAAAAAAUAAAGGGCCGGUCGCGAACAAUUAUAUUCAUUGUUGUGGCCACAUUUGUUUCAAUGUUCUUCUUCUUGUUUGGCUGGUAUGUGCUAAAGAGAAAAGCAAGAAAGAGGCAUGAGACUAUUCUUAGAGAAAACUUUGGUCAUGAAAGUGCCACUCUGGAGCAGUUGCAAUUCGAUUUGGCUGUGAUUGAAGCAGCAACCAACAACUUUUCAGAAGAGAAUAAGAUUGGCAAAGGUGGAUUUGGAGAAGUUUACAAGGGCAUUCUUCUUGAUGGACGACAAAUAGCUGUAAAGAGACUCUCAAGAAGUUCUAAGCAGGGUGUUAAUGAGUUCAAGAAUGAAGCUUUAUUGAUAGCGAAGCUUCAACAUAGAAAUAUAGUGGAAUUCAUUGGCUUUUGUGUUGAUGAACGAGAGAAAAUGCUUAUUUACGAAUAUGUGCCCAACAACAGCCUUGACUACUUUUUAUUUGAUUCUCAGAGGAAAAAGUUGUUAAGCUGGCUUGAACGUUAUAAUAUUAUACAAGGAAUUGCUCGAGGAAUUCAUUAUUUACAUGAACAUUCUCGACUCAAAGUUAUCCAUCGUGACCUAAAACCUAGUAAUGUUCUAUUAGAUGGCAAUAUGAUUCCAAAAAUCUCUGAUUUCGGUUUGGCUAGAAUUGUUGAAAUAAAUGAAGACCAUGCAAGUACAAAUAAAAUUAUCGGAACGUAUGGUUAUAUGUCUCCAGAAUACGCAAUGCUUGGGCAAUUUUCAGAGAAAUCAGAUGUUUUUAGCUUUGGAGUCAUGGUUUUAGAGAUUAUUGCUGGAAAAAAGAAUCUAGGUUCAUCUGAAUCGCUCCAUGUUGCUGGUGGUCUCUUGAGUUAUGUUUGGAGAGAGUGGAAGCAUCAAACACCGCUAAGUAUAUUGGACCCCAAUAUUAAGGAAAAAAUUUCUGAAAUUGAAGUCAUUAAGUGCAUUCAAAUUGGUUUAUUAAGUGUUCAACAGGACCCUGAUGCUAGACCUGGAAUGGCAACAAUUGUUUCAUAUCUUAGCACUGAAUUUAUUGAAUUGCCAACUCCACAAGAACCUGCAUUUUUGUUUCACAAUAAAAUGGGUCCAAAAUCAUCUGCAGAUGAAUCAUGUUCCAGUCAAUCUAUCAACGAUCCCACACUAUUCUCUAUCAAUGAAAUGUCUAUAACCGAAUUUCUUCCUCGAUAGUAAAUUAAUUUUACUUUCGAUACCAUUAUCUACUUAAUUUUUUAUUUUAUGGCAAUUAAAUCUCACUUGAAACUUUUAUUGGUAGAUAUUGAAUUGUGAGCUCUUUUUUUAUUUUAUUCAUUAAUCUUUUUAUGUAUAGGAGCUCUAUUGUUAUGUUCUAGGUGAGAAUUUCAAACAAAAGUAGCAAAGAUAUCUUUCCAUCAUCUUAGUAUGUAAACAAAGUAAGUUAUCACUUGUUGCUGUAAUA